AUCUAAUGAUCCAUCGUGAGCCGCUUCCCUGACCUGUGGACCAUACUACUGACAUCCCUGAUCUGUAUAAGAUGGCUGAGGGGACUGACUUCAACUUUGUUGUCAAUGAAGAAGAAGCUCCGCUCACUCCCAAACUGGAGCUGACUGGGGACACUGAAUAUGCCGCCUGUGCUGCUAGCAACUCGGCUAAGGAGUUUAGCUUUAAAGCAGCAGGGAAAGACACGCCUUCCACAGCCCAGAUACCUGAGGAUGGGACAAAGGGCAGCGUGGAGAAAGUGACGUUUGAGGUGCUGUUUGAAAACUUGAAGCCUUGCGGGAAAAAGAGGUCAAUAACAGCACCAGGAAGUCAGCGUAUAGUGGAUGCACUCCAAGCUGUUCAGGGUUUACAGAAAAUCAAGAAGGAUCUUCAAAAAGUCUUCCUCGACCCACUACCUGAUAGUAAGGUCAAAGGAGAACCAAACAUCGGAAGCCCCUGCAGUAGCAUCGCAGGGGGUAAGUUUAAAGCUAGGUUCCACAAGAAUCUGAAAGAUGUUCAAAGCCUUAGUAUCUAUGAUGAUGAUGGGUUAAAGUCUAGAAAGAGGUCUAGAUUUUAUGUGAAUGUCAGCGAGCAAAGAAGUCGAUCCCAGUGGAUCACUAAGAUGGAGCCGACGAAGUUCCACUUCCGUACUUUGCUUAUCGAUUGCUUACCCAAUGACACACUCCUGUCAGCUCUGCUGAGGGAUGGUAGGAUUGAUAACAGUAAGAUGAAGAAGAGCGUACUCUCAGAAUGUAGUGAUCACAGCGUUCCCAUCGUGCAAGCCCUUAUGGAUGAUGCUCAUUCCCAUCAUGAUAGCACCUUUGUUAGUGAAGUCAUUGAUGAACCACAAGUUAGUGAAGACGAUUGGCAAGAGUCUCUACGAAAAGUUCAGAUUGAUUAUGGUGUAGACAGGAACCCUACACAUAAAGGUAGCAUUGGGCCCACUGUGACACAGAGUCCUAGUUAUGAAGGGAGAACUGAUACCAGUGCCAGCAGUGUCCCCAGUACCAGUGGUUCUACACCGAAAGUCGGGAACCCAGGUUCACAGGAAAACAAGUCUGAUGAAAAGAUGUAUGCUGAGUGGCAGACAUUAGCUGCCAAGUUGUUGAAGUUAGACCUCCUACCAAAGGAGUCUGAAAUAAAGGAGAAGAAAAGGAGAAAGAAGUUGGAUAAGUUUGCAGAACCUUUUGUGCAGGAAUACCAUAAUGUCAAUCAGGGGACCACAGUCCUAAUGAUGAGCAAACUUAUCGGCCAUUCUGUAUCUGUAGGGGUCGUUGUCAAAAAUGACCAUUGUUAUGGAACAUGUUUCAGAGUAGGCCCAAAGUUUGUUCUGACAAACAAGCAUGUCACAAAGUUGGCAGAUUUGUCAAGUGGCAGUUGCAAUGAUGCUUUUGUGGAAUUUAACUAUUUGAAGGCAUUUCCUAAUGAGGAAGACUUUGUCAGAUUCAUUGUUAAAGAUGUCAAGCACAGUCAGGAUGACUUAGAUUACUGUAUUCUGGAACUGGACAUUCCUACAGGCCAGUUUCAGCUGGUUCAGGAAAGGUUACCUGGCCUGGAGAGUUUGAUCGGGUCCACUAGUGAAGGAAGUACGGUAACAAUUAUUGGACACCCAGGUGGUCAGCCAAAAAAGCUUGAUGUGCGCUGUCCUGUUCUCAAUCCUAACAAUAACAAGGUCACACAUUAUCUGAAGAUCCACCCAAGUAAAGCACAGGAUGUUUACCACCCUGGCAGGACGAUAUACAAGAGUACAUUUGCCCAUGGCUCCUCUGGUUCCCCGGGAUUUGACCAGUAUGGAAACCUUGUGGUCAUGCAUACCCGUGGCUACCCUUUGCAUGCAGGAUCCCAUAGUGUACUGGAACAGGGCAUUAGACUAACUGCCAUCCAUGGUGACCUUAGGCGUAAUAAGCCUGAUUUGUUCCGAGCCAUAUUUCCCCCUGAAUGUUGGGAUACAGUAUGGCCAGGAACAGAGGAGCACAUGGAUUGCUCAUAAGUUUGCUUUUGCAUCGUAACAGAGAAGUGGAGGGAGUGAUAAUUACGAAGGAAGUGACCUUGGAA